GCUGAGUCAAUGAUGUGGAGAUCAGAGCUAUGUGGAGGUGACACCGUCUCUUGCAGGACUGCUUGUUCUUCGCAGAAGGCGAGUGAUGCAUGCUGCAAACAGUGUGCGCGUGUAGUGUGAGCCAGAGCCCUCGGUGUAUGCUUGUGUGCGCGUCCGAGUGUGUGUGUGCGGAUAGAGAGAGAGAGAGAGACAUAGACCGAGCCCCUAACACGGAGCAUGCCUCUGCGUCCGGCAGCCGGCAAACAUGAGCCACCCAGCCCUCCACGGCAGGACCAGCAGCAGCAGCAUCACACACACACACACUCACACACACUCACACACCCUCACACACAGGCAGCAAACGGCAACCAGGGGGCCGGCGCUGACAGCAGCAGCAGCUCCCGGGAAGAGGACAGCGGUGUUCCCGUUCCUCACAGUGUUUCAGCUUUUCGUCCCGGCGCAGAGCGCAGCCACAGUGCAAGAGCACCCAUGGAGGAGCCAACAGGCAACACUGUGGUCAUCCGCAUUGGAAUCCCAGACCUACAGCAGACGAAAUGUUUAAAAUUCAACGUGGAUGCUCCAAUCUGGCUGUCCAAGCAGCGGAUCCUUUGUACACUCAACCAGAGCCUCAAGGAUGUGCUCAACUAUGGCCUAUUCCAGCCGGCUUACAACGGCAAGGCUGGCAAGUUUCUGGAUGAGGAGAGACAGCUAAGGGAGUACCCCUUCCCAUCCAUUGCUCCUGUACCUUACCUGGAGUUCCGCUAUAAAAGACGUGUCUACACUCAGACCUACCUGGAUGAAAAGCAGCUGUUGAAGCUCCACACCAAGGCAAACCUGAAGAAGUUUAUGGAGUACGUGCAGCAGAGGAACAUCGAAAAGGUCUCAAGGUUCCUGGAAAAAGGCCUGGACCCCAACUUCCAUGAUCCAGACACGGGCGAAUGUCCUCUAACUCUGGCAGCACAACUAGAAGGAUGUGCAGAGCUCAUCAAGGUUUUGAAAAGUGGAGGGGCACAUCUGGACUUCAGGACAAAAGAUGGCAUUACUGCCCUGCACAAGGCCGUGCGCAGCAAGAACCAUACAGCACUUAUAACGCUGUUAGAUUUGGGAGCAUCUCCUGACUAUAAAGACAGCAGGGGGCUGACUCCUCUCUACCACAGUUCAAUGGUCGGAGGAGACCCCUACUGCUGCGAGCUGCUGCUGCAUGAUCACGCACAGGUCGGCUGCGUGGAUGAGAACGGCUGGCAGGAGAUACACCAGGCGUGUCGCUAUGGUCACGUGCAGCACUUGGAACAUCUGCUGUUCUAUGGAGCUGACAUGAGUGCCCAGAAUGCAUCUGGAAACACCGCCCUGCACGUGUGUGCUCUCUACAACCAGGAUAGCUGUGCACGAGUUCUCCUGUUCCGGGGGGCAAAUAAAGAGAUAAAGAACUACAACAGCCAGACUGCUUUUCAGGUGGCUAUCAUAGCAGGAAACUUUGAUUUGGCAGAAAUUAUUAAGGUCCACAAAGCAUCAGAUGUUGUGCCUUUCAGGGAGACCCCCUCCUACACUAACCGUCGACGUGUGAUUCCUGGCCCCCUGCCCUCUCCACGCUCCCUGCUGCGUUCCGCGAGUGACAACAACCUGAACGGGGACCACGAUCACAUUCACGUUCAGGCCCCCCGAGAAGCCCGUGGCCGACAGGGUCACUCCCCUGUCCCCUCGCUGCGCAGCCUGCCGGCUUUUGGGCAACAGCACAGCAGCCUUGGAGAGAGUCGUCAUGGAGAGAUCCCUGACAGCAGUCUACAGAGUACCGGCAGCUCCAGAUCCUCCCAUUCCCGCUCACCUUCACUACAUCACAUGCAUGAAGAUGACAAGCCAAUACCCAGACGCUCCCACAGCCACGGCUACCCUCACGGACAUGGCCCUCGUGGAAGACUCAGCCCCGGCUCAGUGCAGCGAGACCCAAGCCCGCCUCAUCACACCCCUCCAGCACUGACAGGCCCCCGCGGGCCCAAACGGAAACUCUACAGUGCUGUCCCAGGACGUACUUUUAUAGUGGUCAAGCCCUACACGCCACAGGGGGAGGGAGAGAUCCAACUUAACCGUGGAGAACGGGUCAAAGACUAUGACUGUAAUGACGUAGAAGUGCUGAGUAUAGGGGAAGGAGGUUUCUGGGAAGGCACGGUCAAAGGGAGGACAGGCUGGUUCCCAGCAGACUGUGUGGAAGAAGUUCAGAUGAGACAGUUUGACCCACGGCUAGAGACUCGAGAGGACCGCACCAAGAGACUGUUCAGACACUACACCGUGGGAUCUUAUGACAACUUCACCUCAUACAGUGACUAUAUCAUAGAGGAGAAAAAUGCUGUUUUACAGAAGAAAGAAAACGAGGGGUUUGGCUUUGUCCUGCGGGGAGCCAAAGCCGAGACUCCCAUUGAAGAGUUCACCCCCACCCCAGCGUUCCCUGCCCUGCAGUAUCUGGAGUCUGUGGACGUGGAAGGAGUGGCCUGGAGGGCUGGUCUGAGGACAGGGGACUUCCUCAUUGAGGUAAAUGGGGUGAACGUAGUGAAGGUGGGCCAUAAGCAGGUGGUGUCCUUGAUCCGGCAAGGGGGCAACAGACUGCUGAUGAAGGUGGUUUCUGUCACGCGCAAACCUGAGUCGGAGGAAGUCGUUCGCAAGAAAGCCCCACCACCACCCAAGAGAGCUCCCAGCACCACCCUGACACUGCGCUCUAAGUCCAUGACUGCUGAGCUGGAGGAACUGGCUUCUGCUCGGAGGAGAAGGGGAGAGAGACUGGAUGAAAUGUUGGCAUCCCAGGAGUCAAUGUUGCGUUCUCAGCCCUCUGAGGCAGAUUACAGAGCUGCCACUGUCAAACAACGGCCUACCAGCAGGAGAAUAACACCAGCAGAGAUCAGUUCACUGUUUGAGAGACAAGGGAUGACUCUACACGGAGGUCUUCACCCAGGCAUUGAGAGAGGUCACAUACCACUACCAAAGGGCAUGUCCAGGACAAAGUCUUUUGGUGCCACUGAGGAGGAUCGGCUGUCAGCCCUUGCUGGCGAGCACAGAUUUCCCCGCAGUUCUUCUAUGACAGACAGCCUCCGAGACCAUGCACAGCCCCAUCCUAUCCCUCCACCCCCACAAACGGCACCUCCUCCUCCACCCUACUACCUGGACACUGGUCCUCCCCCAGCUUUCUGCCCCCCUCCUCCACCAUCUAGGACUCAGAGUCAGGGCCAUGAGCCUGGAGGACGAUCCAGCUUCAAGCCAUCCUCUUUGGACCUGCCUUACGAGGCUGCCCAGCGACAGGCCACACAUCUUGAGAGACAGAAGAAAGCCCGCUCCAUGAUCAUCCUGCAAGACUCUUCCCAUCUACCUGUAGAACCGACGGAGAUUCCCCGACCUUCUGCUGCUACUCCACCUGAGCGAAUCAAAAGGAAGGGUCGGAUUAUUGACAACCCUUAUGCUAAUGUGGGUCAAUUUAGCAUUGGACUAUACACACCCACCAAGCCCCAAAGGAAGAAAAGUCCCCUGGUGAAACAGCUACAGGUAGAAGAUGCACAAGAAAAAGCUAGUUUGGCCUUAGCUGCUGCCCACUCACGAGAGAGCUCACCCUCAGGACGACACCCGCAUACCCAUGGGCACACCAGCCGUGCAGACUACUACCAGCAUCAGCUGAUGGCUGAGCGAGAGCGCUUGCGUGCCCAAGGAGAGAUGAUGUUUCAGGGUAAGGGCCCCUUCGCUGCUGCAAUUGCCGGAGCAGUCAAAGAUCGUGAGCGCCGCCUAGAAGAACGGAGGAAAUCCACUGUCUUCCUUUCUGUUGGGACCAUGGAGGGGGCGUCAACCACCAGCUCUGAUUCCCCCUCUCUGACUCAGUCUCACUCCAUUGACGAGCGGAUGCUGACCCGAGAGCUGGGACAGCUGCCUCCCCCUGCCUUGGCUCUAAGCCCCUCGCCUAGUGGUACCACCUUUAUCCACCCACUUACAGGAAAGCCCCUGGACCCCAAUUCACCACUGGCUCUUGCGCUGGCCGCAAGGGAGAGGGCAUUGACAUCCCAGUCCCCAACUAGCAGCCCAGAGCCUCGGACUAAACAAGAGCGAGCAGGCCAGGGUGUACUGUUCUUUGACACGCAGACCAAAGAGUCUCCACAUGGGGAAGGGGUACCUGCAUCUCCACCUUUUUCACCUAAAAGCGCCAAGGCAGCAGGGUAUGGGGCUGGAUCCUCCCCAGCUUCAAUUUUAGUUCCCCAGCCCACUAAACCACAGUGGGCUACAUCACAGUCACCUGUAUCAUUCCGGCAAGAAAUGGAGGCCAGAAUAGAGGAAAGGAAGGAGGAGAAGAGGCUAGAGGAUAAAAAAAGUAUGCUUAUCAGCAUUAUGGAUACAUCCCAACAAAAGACAGCUGGGCUAAUUAUGGUCCACGCUACUAGUAAUGGACAGGCUGUGGGGAUAGGUUCAGAACUAGAGGAGGCGCCGACCACAACAUCUGUCGAGGCCAGUAAAUCACCAACUCCGCGGGCUAAAUCUCCCAGUCCAACGGCCUCCUCACCCCAGGCCCAGCCCCAGGCCCUGCCUCAAACUCAGCGUCCUACCAGUCCAGCCCAAGAGAAGAGUCUGGCUCAGGGAAGCUCAGAGGAGGAUGUGGAUCCAUACACGGUGACCCUGCCCCCUGCCAUGUUAUCCUCCAGUGAUGAGGAAACAAGAGAGGAGCUGCGUAAGAUCGGAGUUGUUCCGCCGCCAGAUGAAUUUGCUAACGGGCUGCUGGCACAGGCACAGGGGACGCCAGUGUCCCCAACUACACCUGCCACCUCCUCCACGACCCCUACAACACCAACGCCCCAAACUCCCUCAACCCCAACAACCCCAGCUGUAACCCCGACACAGCCCCCACCUCCAGCCAGUGCAGUAGCUGUCUCAGGGAAGCCCUCUGAACCUCUGGAGCCCCCACCGGUGGGCGAGUCUGGCUCUGCGGCUGACUCAGGCGUGGAGGAGGCUGACACACGCAGCUCCAGUGAGAGAGAGCGAGACCACCAUCUCGAGACCACCAGCACCGUCUCCACAGUUUCCAGCAUGUCCACAUUGUCCUCAGAAAGCGGCGAGCCUGCCGAUACACACACCACGCACACCUCCUAUGCCGACGGGCAGACUUUUGUGCUCGACAAGCCGCCAGUGCCUCCUAAACCCCGACUCAAGUCCCAGAUAGGAGGCAGUAAAGGCCCCGUCACCUUCAGGGACCCUCUGCUGAAGCAGAGCUCUGACAGUGAGCUGCUAUCACAGCAACAGGCAGCUGCCCUGGCUGCUGCUGCGGCUGGAGGAAUUGGGCUCCCCUCAGGUGGUUCAGCCUCAGUGACUGGCCUCGCCCCCACCAAGCCUCGCUACCUCUUCCAGCGGAGGUCCAAGCUUUGGGGGGACCCAGUGGAGCCCCGUGGCCCGGGAGUGGGGCUAGGUAUUGGGAGUUUGGGCAAUCUUGGUGGGCUAGGGUUGGGGCUGGGUGCAGAUGAGGGAACAAAACCGUCUGUUAUGGGAGAGCUCAGUUCACGACUACAGCAGCUAAAUAAAGACACUAGGUCACUGGGAGAGGAACCACUGGGAACAUCACUUGACCCAGGAAGGAAGUCACCUGUGGCAGGUGCCAGACUUUUCAGCAGCCUAGGCGAACUCCACACCAUUUCUCAGAGAAGUUAUGGAACCACAUACACCAUCCGCCCUGGCAGCCGCUACCCCGUCACCCGACGCACCCCCAGCCCAGGUUCAGGAUCACCCGAUCGGAGCGAUCCUCUCGGACGAUUCUCCAGCUUUGGCCUACCCACCUCGCCGACGACGCCGCCGCAAACCAUCCUCAAAUCCUCUAGCCUCAGCCUGCCCCAGGAGCCCAAGGAGGUCCGCUUCGUGAUGAGGAGCUCCAGCGCUCGUUCCCGCUCCCGCUCCCCGUCCCCGUCCCCUUCGCAUUCCCCCGGCCUGGGGUCGCCGCUUUUGGCCCUUCGGCCCUUCCACCAAAAACCCCUCCACCUGUGGAACAAGUACGACGUUGGGGACUGGUUGGAGAGCAUCAACCUGGGGGAGCACAGAGCGGGCUUUCAAGAACACGAGAUCGAAGGCUCUCACCUCCCGGCUCUAACCAAGGAGGAUUUCGCAGAGCUGGGGGUGACACGAGUCGGACACCGCAUGAACAUUGAGCGAGCGCUGAAACAGCUGCUGGAGAGCUGACCCCUGCCCUGAGUCACAGCAACAGACGAAGGAAGCUUAAGACGGUGAGACGCAGAGCUGGUGAACACGAGAGAAGCACUAGUGGCCGCUCCUCUUUUACUCUGGCUGCUUUUAUGUUUGGCAUCACAAAUGUUUACCUGCAGUCCUUAGUGACUCUUUACGUUCCCGUUCUGCAUCAACACCCUGCACUCUGCACUGCACUGAAGAGGAGGAGUCAAUACAUUCGCCCCCUUCUACUCCACCCUUAGUGUCUCCUUGCCUGCAGCCAAUUAGAUCAGACCUCAAAACAAUAUCUGGUCUUUCUCUGCUGAGGAGAAUCGCAUGAGCUCCAAUUAAAACAUUUGAUUUGUGAGCGGUUCAGUUGUUUCCCUAGAAACACCCACACUUUCUCUCCCACUAUUCCCUCCUCUCCUCUCUACCUCUACCCCCCAUCUGUUAGGCCUCUGAAAGCCUUUUGCAGUUUGAGUAAAGGAGGAGGAGGGAGAAUUUUUCGUUCCAAACCGAAAGCUCAGUUGCCUUUCAAAAAUAUUUAUACAGAGAUCAACAAUGACGAACACAGCGCUAUGGACAUAGCUCUGAAAAGGUGUGUCUUCUGUAUACCUGCUGUUGUUUUUAAACCGAAGACUUUAGAGCCCAGAGGUGGAGCUCCUCAACGUAAACCACGGGAGAAACCCCUCUGCCUUGGUACCCAGACUGUGCUAUCUAUUAUAUUUGGAGAAUGUUUAACCAACACUCGUGGCUUUUUUCAUAAUCAAUUUUUUGGUUUUCCAAAGGGAAUAUUAUAUAUAGGUAUUAUAUGAUAUAAUAUAAUAUAUAUAUGUAUCUAAAUAUAGCUUUCAGAAGAAAAGACAAUGUUGCAAAGAGGAAAUGUAAUAAUUAAUCCGCACCUGUUUUUGGUUUUUAGUAUAGAAGGCAGAAAGAAAUCUUUAAAUCUAUUCCACCAAUAGUUUACUCAUUUCUACCAAUUAUAUACAUACAUAUAUAAAUAUAUAUAUAUAUAUUUGAGAGAAAAAAAGUAUAUAGAUAUGGAUUUGUUUUUUUUGUUUUGUUUUGUUUUUUUUGUCAUACUUUCCUGGUCACCCUUUCUUGAAACGUAGCAUGACGAGUUGCAUCAUGUUUUGGACGGAGAGUCUGUUUGUCUGUUUUUAUUUUCUUACGGUCUUCCUUCAUACUAAAGGGCAUCCCGUAAUGUGAGGCUGAGACCCCCCCAGACGACACCCGUCCCCACUGCCUCAGCUACAGGCCCGUUGUGGUCCACGGCCCAGCUAGCUGGUUGAACGAGGCUCUUCAUCUUAUGCCUGUUUAUUAUUAUCACUCAGGGAUGGAAGUUUGGGGCACCGGCAUGAAGAGAUAGUCGGCUGUUUUAAUACCAUUUAAACGAUUCUAUUUUAGGACAAAUAAACACCAACGAGACAUAUUAGAGUGCUAGAAAAAAUUUCCAUCCCUGUGACUACCCCCUUCGCUCAGGCCAGGUCACACAAGGUAAAAUAAGUAAACACAGUAAAGAGGGAACGCAUCACUGGCUCAGUUUACAUGGAGCAACCAUGAAGUGGUGCUGUCCGCUGUGGAGCGUCUUUAUGAUACCAGACACUGCAGGACAUCCUCAGAAGGACCAUGUCCAUUCUCUGAUGAGUCUGAAAUGUUUUGGAGGCACAAAGGAAGACCUACACAAUUGGAAAGUUGGUCAUAAUGUUAUGCCUGAUCAGUGUUCUCUGACUGGAUUGUUAUUCUGAUUACUGAAAGAAUACUAGGGCCCAUGUAAACAAACGACCAGAUCUCCAGAAAAUUCUCUAUUUAACUUACAAAUCAAAUCCAUGGUUAUGUUCCAAAUUUGGUUUCAGCAUUUAAGUGCUCAGACACUUUCCAUUCAAGCUUAAAUGAGCUGAGUGAGAUAUCUGUGUCCCUCUGAAACACCACUGCAGGAAAGGUCUGUAGCUCCUCAGGCUGUGGGGAUGGGAAAGCCUCUGCAAGGUCUUAAGAAAAAUUCAGUAUUUUACAACCUGGCGGUGUCUUGCACCCUUUGCUGCUUUCCUCUAUCUCCACCAUCGUCUUAGUGAGGAAAAUAUUACCAUGAAAAGCAGCAGCAGGCAGAACACUCCGAAAAAAAGACCCAGGUUGUAAAAAAAAAAAAAAAAAAGAAAAGAAAAAAAAUGAAUUUUUCAUUAACAAUAUAAAUCUACAAUUGUACUCAUGAGUAGCUUCUGCUGGCAGUGAGAAUCAGUGAGUUUUAUUAACGCUACAAAAUAAAAGCAUUUUUUUUUCAUAGCUUUGGUCUGACAGGAUGCCAGGAGGUGUCUGAGGAGCCCCUGGACAUCAGCACCAUCCAGUCAGUUUGCCGGGCGAAGUUUAACUUGGCAAAAAAGCUGUGCACUAUUUUCCUUUGUUUAUUUUUAUUUUUUUUGCUAGCAGUUUUGGGAUGUAGGAAUAGCACUCACUGCCUCACUGUGACCUCACUGAUUAUUUUACUCCAGUGUUACGUCCUUCUCGUUCUUUUUUUCGUUUCCUUCGUUUGUUGUUGAUUUGUUACCCUCGGACACUGUGGGUAGAUUUUGUAGCGUGUGGAACAUGAUACUUAAAUCUUUCACUCAUUUGAAUUUUAGAGUGACAGAAGAAAAAAAAAAGAAAAUAUAUCCUGUCCAUUCUAAACAUACUUACACUUGUAAAAAUGAACAAAUAUUUGCUUUUUUAAAAAAGAAAAAAAAUCACAAGCAAUGUAUAUAUGAUAGAUUUCAUAUAAAUUUUUGAAAAAGACAAAGUAUAUAGAUCUAUAUAUGAAUGUUUGGCAUAUAUGCAUAGUUAACCACCUGUGGAAAAGGUGAGCAGAUUUUAUUCUUUCUAUGAACUCUUGAACUUUUGAACUCUGAACUAUGAACUAGGGGAUGAUUUGCACAAAACAAGGUGACAAGGUGCUAACAUAAAAAGCCACCCAUCGUUCAAGCGCAUGCGUGCAUCUGGAUUCCCUUAAUAUCUCUCGUGUGGUCGUUCCUCUUCACAUGCGUGUGUGCGCGACUGUCUGUGUAUGCGUGCAGGUUUCCAUUUUCUCUUUUGGGUGUGUUUGUCUGGGAGUGCGACGGUGAGCGAGUGCGUGGGUAACUUGUUGGGGUUUACAUCUUCGGAGUUAGUCCACUAUAGCCUUACUGUAUUACCAUCAGAGAUUGCCGGCAGUGGCUGUGUCACACAAACACACACACACA